AUGUAUACCCUUUGCAAGCUUUUGUAUGUUACGGUGUUUGGCUUGCUGUCAGCAGCACCACCGUACCUGCCACUCUAUUAUCGCAAUGUUUUAGGCUUUUCCUCGGAUCAAAUUGGAUUUGCUAUUGCCAUUGCACCCUUUGUACAAUCCAUAUCAUGCCCAGUGUGGACGUAUUUUGUCGACAAGCACCCACGGCUUCAUGGCGCGACAAUGGCAUUCACAAGUUGUCUCGGUGGUAUUGCCGUAAUGGGUAUCAUGGGCAUAGGCCAUUACGUGCAGUCAUCAAUAACAGCCGAUGAUGAUGAUGAAGAUACCAACAACAAACGUAGCAUCGUCAUUGCUACGUGUACGUUUGCACUCGCCUUUGCAUUCUUUACGCUGCCAAACACGGCACUUGUCGACAGCGCUGUCAUGAAAAUUCUUGGUCCAAAUAAGAUUCUCUAUGGUGAACAGCGACUAUGGGGCUCUGUGUCGACUGGAUUAACGAUUUUGCUUGUUGGCAUCCUAAUUUCGGCAACUGAUAAUCUUGAUAUGCUGUUUUGGGUCUUUGCGGCUUGCACAGUGGGCUUCAUGAUAUGCAGUGCUAUUACGGAUGUGGAGGAACCCGCUAUACCAGCACUAGAUGAGGAGCAACAACGGCUUUUGGAUGGCAACAACAUGCCUCCUAUGGUCAAUACCAAUAGCCGGCACAUGCAUCCUCUCCAUAACCCUGUCACAUUAUACCAAUCGUUAUCAAGGCAUGAUACGGAUGAUGAUGACGAUCAUCUCAGCUAUACAACAGCACUCGAAACGUAUCAACAACAACGCCUCCUCAAGCUAACAACGACUACAUCAAUCGUAUCCAUGGCUCGUACAUUAAGAGAAGAGGCCAAUGAUGCACUCGAAUGUUCCCCCUCAUCGUUCAACAACAAUAAUUUGGGCCUUGCUGUAUCCAGAGUGAUGUCUGUGGAGCACACGGCUGGUAUAAUGGCGGAUGAUUCCGAUUCCGUACAAGUGCCUUCCACCAGCACUUUUCGGUCACCACGUGUUUUUGGCUAUCUCAUUACUACAUUGCUCUUUGGCGUCGUCCUUUCGAUCAUUGUCAACUUUUUGUUCUUGUUUCUCAGCGAUAAUCUACACAUGCCAGCAAGCUGGAUCGGCUGGACGGGUCCUUUAGGCGGACUCACAGAGUUACUUGCCUUCUUUUAUUCAAAGCAGAUGACUGAGCGCUGGGGUGUAACCAAAUUGGUCGUGCUUGCUCAUUUGGUGACUAUUGUGCGGUGUCUGGGCUACACUUGGCUCGUGCCCGAUUCUGUUGUCAGCCAUGUUUUGGCACUGGCAUUACAAACAUUGCAUGGUAUUGGCUUUGCCAUCUUUUGGGGCACCUCUGUCAGCGAAAUGGAUAGCUUUUUCCCUCCAGAGCAACGUGCUGUAGCUCAAGGUGUGCUUGGCUCAUUACAUCAAGGACUCGGUACAGCCCUUGGAGCAUUGAUAGGUGGCUAUUUAGACGAGUAUCUUGGCACGAUUUGGAUGUUUCGAUGUGCCGCAGCCCUUUGUGGUGUCAGCAUCCUUAUAUUUUGCAUUAGCCGAUUGCCUCGCUUUGAAAACUAA